AGAAGGAAAAAAAAACCCCCAAAAAAGUCAACAUCUUAUCUCUUCUAAUCCAAAUUUUCAACGUUUCAGCUAUUCUUUCCCUUUCAAUCUCUUAUCUUAGUCCUAAUUAUAACAAAAACUGCAGCCCAAUAAUCCAAAUUUAUACAGACAAACCUUGAAAAUGGAGGUGAAGCGAAGAACAGCACGUUCUUUAGUAUCCAAACUAAGCUCCGUAUCCGAACAAACCCGUUCCGAAGCCUUAUCGGAGCUUCGACUCAUUACCAAACACGACCCCGAUAGCCGCCCGAUAAUCGCCGAGUGCGGUGCAAUCCCAUACCUAGCCGAAACACUCUAUUCCUCCUCUCACACUGCUCAAGAAAACGCCGCUGCUACACUCCUGAACCUUUCUAUCUCAACGCGCGAUUCUCUCAUGUCCACGCGCGGCCUCCUCGACGCCCUUGGUCACGCGCUCUCUCACCACUCAACUACCACGUCUCCUCUCGCUGUCCAGUCAUCAGCCGCCACGUUACAUUCUCUCUUAAUCGUUGAUUCGUACCGUCCGAUUAUCGGAUCAAAACGCGACAUCGUUUAUUCAUUGAUAGAUAUUGUGAAGUCGCCUAACUCGCCGCCGCGAUCGGUGAAAGACGCGUUGAAAGCGAUGUUUGGAAUAGCGUUAUAUCCAUUAAACAGAUGUACGUUAAUAGAUCUAGGAGCCGUAGCUCCGUUGUUCUCGUUAGUGUUAAAAGACGGUAGAGUCGGGAUAGUAGAAGAUGCGACGGCGGUGGUAGCGCAAAUAGCGGGGUGUGAGGAGAGCGAAGGAGAGUUUGCGAGAUAUUCGGGGGUAGGGAUUUUGAUUGACUUGUUGGAUUUAGCGACGGGGUCUAGUCUUAGAAUAAAGGAAAAUGCGGUGUCUGCGUUGCUGAAUUUGGUGAGAUGUGGAGGAGAGAGGGUGGCGGCGGAUGUUAGGGAUAUGGCGGCAAUUGUGGUGGAAGGGAUUAAGGAAGUGGCGGAGAAUGGAACUAGUAAAGGUAAAGCUAAGGCUGUUGCUUUAGUGAAAGUUAUUGAAGGUGGAUCUAGUAGCUUUGAUUCUUUACUUGAUGAUCAUUCUUCCUAAAUUGUUAGUUUCUUUUUUAACUUGUAUAAAUUGGAUUUAAAUUCUUUACAUUGUUGUUCUUCUUUUUUGUGAUUGUUUAUUAUCGAUGAAUAAUGUUAACAGAAGAUGCAUUUUGUAUAUUUCUUCAUCAUGAUAGUGGAUUUGUUCUCAAUGUUUUUGCCA